UGCUUUCGCGUGCUUAAACAGGGGAUCUACCACUUCCUCUACUGAUACCUUUUACUUUCUGCUGAAGUGAAAGACGGAAUUGUGUUCAGAUCAGCUUCGAUUAUUCUCGGUGGUCUGACAAGACUUAGAAGGUAUAGUCACGUGAAGAAAAGGAGAAGUAAAACAUUCGUGUUUGACAGCCUUGAUUUGACUUAUUUAUUAGAGCUUACACAGUCCAGAUCUGAAAAUGGAGAGUUCGAAUGCCAGUAUCUGUGUGGUCAACGACAACAUGGUGCCCUUCGCCACAGUCUACAUCCUCAUCUUCCUGAUUGGAAUGGCUGCCAGCCUGGUGGCGCUGUGGGCCUUCAUAACCAGCCGAAGUGCUAAAAAGUGCAUUAAUGUUUACCUCAUCAAUCUCCUGACGUCCGACUUCCUCCUCAUGUUGGCACUACCUGUCAAGAUUGCCAAAGAUCUGGGCAAUGAUUCUCUGAGUUUGACCAUCUUUCUCUGCCGAGUGAGUGCGCCGCUCAUCUACAUCAACAUGUACGCGUCUGUCAUCUUUCUAGCUUUCGUUAGCGUGCAGCGCUACCUCCAGAUCACCCGCAGCUCCAAGCUGCUCCGACUGCAGGAAGUGGGCUUUGCGGUGCUGAUGUCUUCGGUGGUCUGGUUCCUCGUGCUCUUCAUCAACGUGCCCAACAUGGCCAUCCCUAUCAAAGAAAACGUUGAAGACAAAGUUGGCCUAACGUGUUCAGACUUAAAAGAUGAUUUCGCCAAGCAUUGGCACGCAUUGUCUGUGUUUCUGGGCAUGGCCAUCUUCUUCAACUCCUCGGUAGCGGUGCUGUUGUCCAACGGCCUGGUCUUGAAGCGGCUCUGGGGUCGGCGUGAAUCUGACCCCGAGGAACAGGCUAGUGCCCAACAUGCCUUCAUAAACAUUGCAUUGGUGACCUUGGCAUACGUGGUGUGCUUCGUGCCGUACCAUGCUGUGCGUAUGCCGUACACAUUUACGCAGAUAGAGGUCAUCACCGAAUGCACAUUAAGGAAGAAUCUGUUCCUGGCUAAAGAGUCGACUCUGCUUCUCGCCAUCCUGCACCUGUGCUUCGAUCCAGUGCUGUACUUUGUCAUCUGCCGUGCAUUCAGGCAACAGAUCACGAAGGCCUUCUCAAAGAGAGGCAGCGUUCCGACCGCAGACACAGAGUGAAAAUUCAGCCGGAGGAGAGUUAUGAACCAAGUAUUAGUGCAAAAUCAUUUGCUGAAUGUCAAUGUAGUGUAAAGAAAGAGUUUCUUAAAGAACUGUGGAUUAGUAAUGUAGGAAAAGCCAAAAAAAAAAAAAAUUAACAAAGCAGAAGACUGAAGCCUGUGGGAAAAGAAUGCACAAAGACCUAUUUGAGA